AUGGCCAAGUACUCAGAAGAUCAGUUGCUCGAAGCUAAGGAACUCGCUUACACGCCAAAGCCAGAGAUUUUGGAGGCAUUCAAUGAUUUGGUGGAGCUGGUUCGUGAACACUUUGCUAAUGAAAAGAGAGCCAGACAGACCAACGGAGACACUUACAUUGACGAAAGAGGCAAUGAAAGAUCAUACAACCACUUGAACAGAAGAAGAUUGCUGAGGUCCGGUCAGGCCAAGCCUAACUUGCGUAAGAAGGCCGCUGAGGUGGUUGAUGAAGAUGGAUGGGCCACUUACACCAAGCCUAAGAAGUCCUUCGGCGAAGAUGCUUACGACGACAGAGAUAAAUUCAGAGAGUCCUUGCGUGGUGGUGAUGCUGCUGUCAAGGUCAAGCCAAAUAACAAAAACUUGGGUUCGUCCAAGGCCGUGGACCCCAGAGACACCAUUGCCGACAAACAGACUAAUACUUUCAACGCCUUCGAGGCGCUUGGUGACGACGACGAGUAG